UGGUUUAGUACUCGCAGUGCCGCUCACGCACGCGGACCCCGGUACGCGCGUCAUGAAGGACAAACGAACAGGCGGCGGGUGGUGGCCGUCGUCCAUCGUCCCCGCCGCCGCCGCCCGCAGGGUGUCCCUCUGGGUCGGCCGGGCCGAGGAACCGCCUCCGGACACGCCGCCCCCGGCUGCCAGACCAACGUCCUUGGUCAUUUCAACGCCCCAGCAGCAGCCGCCCCCGCCGGUCCAGCGACCCUCCUGCAGCCCUCCGCCUCCACCGCCCAAAUCACCGGCCGGCAGCAGCUAUAAUACGGCUGACGAAGACUCAGGUAGUGUCGCGCUUGACCUGCCAAACAGUGCAGAAGGGACCCUGCUGCAGGACAUUUUGGCCACCAUUGACAAAAAUAAAGGUAGUUGUGACAACCUUUUGGACGAAGCUGCUGAAAAUGGUGAUGUGCCGCAGGACAAUGAAAAAAUAAUAAGUGACGGUGAGAAGAGAAGUUCGGAAAAUGAAAAUUCAGAAAACACCCCCAAAGUUGAGGAGCAGGUUGUAAAAAAAUCUCCGUCGCCUCCUCCACUCCCGACCUCUAGUCCUCCGAAGGAAAUUUUCAAAUCGAAAGACCCUGCCUUGAAUUUGGAGGACGGUCUGACGACCCUGACGAGGCGAUUGAAAAAAAUGGCAGAGGUUUUGGAAAAUUCGCCCAUAAACCAUUUGAAGGAGAGCAGCGGCUCUUCGCAAAACUCCCCCGAAGUUGGUUCUCCGACCAACCCGCAGUCGCCCUUGCAAAAACUGAUGGAGGCGAAAAGAGCUUCCCUGGACGAUGAAAACGGAAACAAAAUCAUGGAGGCCGCAGCUUCUCUCAUUAAGGAGCUGGUUCCCCCAGCGGAUGUCAAUUGUGUCAAAGACGAGCGGGCGAUGACAUCCGAGAAACAGCAGGCCCGAGACACGUCUGACGUUUCAGCCGUGCCGCAGCAGCAGGGGGAUAUUCCAAAAAGACCGAGCACUUUGGCUCUGGAUGAAACGACUACGGAUGAAGUUGACGCGGAAAAUCCCGUUGCAAUAGUUAAAGGGUUUUUCACGGUGAACUUUGAUGUUAAUUCACUAGCCACCCUUAAUUCGUCGGCUGCAACUGCGGAAAUUCCGCCCGAAGAGAAAAAACCUAUUGAAAAUAAUGUUUCAAAUGCUUCUCCUUCUUCGGAGGAUUUUUCCACCCCAGUUGGAAAUCCGAAUUUAAAUCCUUUCUUUCCGAAAUUUAGCAGCCCCAACAACCCUUUUAAACUGAGUGAGAAAGAAGCAAAAAAUUUGGCUGAAAUGGAUAAGAUUUUAUUCGCGGACGACGCUUUUGCAACCGGCGAGGAGCGACUCAAAGCGCGAGCCGAUAGUGUAGAGAAUUUCUCUGAUAAUUUCGAGGCGCCCAACACGCAGGGUGGCACGUGUCCCGCAGAUGCCGUUAAAGAGACCACCCCUUCGCAGCAGGCGGGCGAUAUCAUUUGUAAACAAGAAAGCAGACCACCUCAAGAUGCUGAGCCCGAUACGGAGAACAAAGGCGGCGAGCCGAACCAGAUUAAAGAUGAAAAGGAAGAAGAAAUUCAACAGGCUAAAGAGGAAGAAAUUAUUGUGGAAGAAAAGCAAAAUUUGGAUUCGGUUGAGAUGAAAAAGGGCGAUGUUGUGAAAGAGUUAAAUGCCGUUCUGGAAAAGAAAACGGUAAAGUUCAAUUUGCAAGCGCCGAUCGCGAUGGGCGAGGAUGACGAAGAACUUCCCGCAACUCCCUCCCCAAAAGUGCCAAAACUCGACCCACCGAAAGGAGCAAAGCCUAAAAUCGAAAUAUCUAAAAAAUUUGUUAAAAAAUUAGAUGAUGCCGAUGACUCUGGACCGGAGACGUCGUCCAGCUCCUCCUCAGACCGGGACGGUGACUUCACUUUGGACGACGCCACUGACAUUGCGCUGGACGAGUCGCUCCCCGGCUCACCCCUGCCUGAUGCGAAAAAAGAAGUGACGAAAAAAUUGGAAGAAAAAUUGGCAGAAUCACCUGUAGAAGAUGAGGAGGAUGAAAUAAAAUUACCUGAAAUCUCACCCGAGGACGACUACGUGGAGUUGGCUCGGGCCCAGGCCACUUACGAGAACAUUGAAUUCAAAAGGCGGCCCGGAGGCAGACUGAUUUCAAAACGCCGCCUCCACGCCCUGCAUCCCCCGAAGCUGGGGGCGGUGCGGCAUUCCUUGAGCAAGGCGUGGGUCGCCAUGAGGGACUGGGGUAGUGAGAGUGCGAAGAAGAUCGGCGAGAAACUUUCCAGAGACUCGGUGCUCAUGACCGACGAGCAGGCGGCCGAAGCAACGGCCGCGCCGCCUCCACUACCUUCAAGGGGCUUGUCCGAGCCGCCUCCAAUCUUGCCCAGAGCCAUCUGUGAAAGGGCGAGGAGCGUCAGACUCAUGUCACCAGGUCUGGACGACGUUCGCGUCAGCAAAUAUUUACCUAUUGAGGGCCAGAGCGGAUUUGACGAAUUGCGGCGCUACAUGAAGCAGGGCGGCGACUUUUGCAAAGAGCUCAGUGCCAUCCUGCAAGAGCGGGCCGACGCCGAGGCGCAGUACGCGAAGAGCCUGAGCAAGUUGAGCGGAAAGUUGUCGCGCAACGCCAAGGACGCGGUGGGCACCGUGAGCGCCGCGUGGCAACACGCGGCCGCCCAGAUGGAGGCCGAGGGCGAGGCGCACCGCGAGGCGGCCGCCGCCCUGGCCGAAAGGGUGGUUCGGCCGCUGAAGGCCACGCUGGAGGCGCAGCACCGAGUCCGCAAGUCGGUCGACAGCGCCGUUGACAAAAGUGGCAAAGGACUUGCCGAGUGGCGCAUGCACGAGGCCAAGGCCAAGAAGAACAGCUUCGGGUGCGCCCGCGAGAACGAGCGGCUGCAGGACGCCCUGCAGGAGGCGCAGCGCCUCGGCAGGUCGGGCCGAAGUCCAACUGUGUCCGAUAAAGAAAUUGGCAAGUUGGAGGCAAAGCGGAGGAAGGCGGAGGAGGCGGUCAAAAAGUCAGACGUCGAGUACUACACUUAUUGCGUCAGGGCGGAGCGGGCGAGACUGGAAUGGGAGACGGCGGUGAACAGAGGAAGUCAAUGCUUCCAGGCGCUGGAGGAAGAAAGGUUGCAACACCUGAAGGAGCUGAUAGAGCAGUAUUAUCAAAUCAUGACCCAAAUGAGUCCAAAAAUUGGACAGAGUGUUGACCGUUUGACAGAGCCUGUCCAGAACUGUGACGUGGCGCGCGACCUUCAGACAGUGGCCUCCGUCAAAGGCGUCGGACAACCCAUUCCCGAGCAACUUUUGCCAGACUUUUACCCUGAACACGUGACCCUGGCGAUGAACAGGGACCGCAGGAGGUUAGCUCUCCUGAAACUUCUGCAACUUAUAAGGCAGGACCUGGAGAGGGAGAGGAGGGCAAAGCAGGGCGUCGAAAACUUGGCCAGGGCGCUGCAGCAGACGCCGACGUUUGGCAACGAAGACUCUCAGCAAAAUGUCAGCGACAAACUCCACCACAUGAGAUCAAUGUUGACGUAUUUGGAGGCUGCAAGGUACAAGGUCCAAAGCACCCUGGCUGAAUUGAACGGAGACAGGAGAGGCAGCCACCCUUUGGCGUCACACAUUCAGGUGACCAGAGACAGACAAGGUCUCCAGCAGAGCAUUUUGAAGGUUCCUCCUUGGGUGAGGGAAGAAAAUAUUGAAGGCUCAGACUGGCCAGACAGAGGAACCGGAGAUGGCAAUUCCAAUCAACCUGACAGUGACUUUGAUGAAUUUUCAAGUCAAACCAGCGACGAAAAGGACUUUGGUGUUGUGAUGCCCGUAAUUGGGGAAAGCGCCGAGAUUGAUCAGGAUAAUGAAAUUUUACCUAAUCUGGGCCAGUGCAGGGCCCUUUACGACUAUUCCGCCAAUCUCUGUGAUGAGCUCAACCUUACCACAGGUGACUUGAUCACCAUUAGGGAGAAGCAAGAGGAUGGAUGGUGGCUAGGAGAGAUGAACGGCAUGGUUGGAAUUUUCCCAGCCACCUACGUAGAAGUUUUGGACAAAAUUUAAUUUGAAAUUUUCACAUUUAGUUGAAACGAUGAUGCUGAAAACCUAAAAAUGCUCAAAUCAAAACUCUCUCUGUUAAAAAUUUGUUGAAAUUGAGUAUAAUAUGUCUUUGUUGGCAGAGCAUGUAAUAUGCAAAUUAUAUCAGAAUAUGAGGUUGAAUAUAUUACUCUGAACUAUAUUGUUGAAUUAGAAUAUCGUGUGAAUAUUGUAAUAAUUGCGUGUACAUUUGAUAAUAAUUAGAUUUUAAGUAAAAGACACAUUGAUAUUAUUAAAAUAUUGUUUUCAUGUAACAUCUGUAAAUAAAAUCUCACAAGGUGCGACAUAUCCAUAAAAUAAAAUUCAUUUUUUUGGCGUAAA